CAGGGACGAGCACCUUGAGCCCGUGCUGCUCACUGCGUGUGAGGGGACUGCGUUAGUCGCUCGGCCUGCUUUCGCGUUGAGCUGCUGGUGCUGCAGUGCUGCCACCGCAAAUGCAGUGGGAGGCGAGCGUUCCCAGGCGACGGGAAUUAGGAUUUCACUGCGCCCCCGGCCAGGUCAGAGCCCGACCCGCGUGUCUGAGCGUGUGUUCAGCCACAUACGGCGAGCCUUCAUCGCCAUCAGAGGUGAGAGGGGCGAGGAUGACGAGCACCCAAAAGCAGAUCAUUGCUUUAAAGCUCUGAGCGCCGUCGGUUCCGUCGGGAGACACCUGGCAGUGGCUGAAACCCCGACGACCUGUGAGGAGCAUCACGCUGUGAAGUCAAAGCUGGCGCGUGCAGGAGGAUGUCUGCCAGCGCGCCCAUGACGCCACUCCUGUGUUCUGAGGAGUCUUCCUCCCGACUCGCUGAGCAACGAACGCAUCCAACAUUCAAACGCUCCAGUCGAGAUCUUGGGUGCGAUGCUCAGAGGCUUCAGCAUCACUGAACUCAUGCAAAAUGGAGCAGGAAGUUCUCGGAGCCGCCUCUGGCCUGGAGGAAGAUGAUCUUGGUGUUCUUCAUCCUGACCUCUGCCCUGUGGGUGACCUGUCUGUCUGCCGACAUCGACAAGGGGAGGAGAAAAGUUGUGCAUGUUCUCGAGGACGACACUGGUGCUGUGAUUGUGCAGACGGCUCCUGGUAAAGUGGUGACCCACCGCGGCGGCUCCAUCACUCUGCCCUGUCGGUUCCAUCACGAGCCGGAGAACUCCGACCCGGACCGCAUUAGGAUUAAAUGGACCAAAGUCACGGAUGCGCUGCAGUUCGAGGACGUCUUUGUUGCACUCGGAAAGCAGCAGCGCGUGUUCGGCUCGUACCGAGGCCGCGUCUUCUUGGAGGAGGCGGGGCUGGGCGACGCCUCAGUGAUCAUCCAGAACGUCACGCUGGAGGAUUACGGACGCUACGAGUGCGAGGUCACCAACGACAUGGAGGACGACGCAGGAUUCGUCAACCUCGACCUCGAAGGAGUGGUGUUCCCCUACUACCCCCGCGAGGGGCGCUAUAAGCUCAACUACCACCAAGCUGAGGACUCCUGCAAACAGCAGGACGCCAUCCUGGCCUCCCACUCUCAACUGCACAAGGCCUGGCUGGAGGGACUGGACUGGUGCAACGCUGGGUGGCUGGAGGACGGCUCGGUCCAGUACCCCAUCUCCCACCCCCGAGACCAGUGCGGGCGCAAGGACACCCCCGCGGGCGUCCGUAACUAUGGUUACCGGCACAAGGAGGACGAGCGCUACGACGCGUUCUGCUUCACUUCUAAGCUCAGCGGCAAAGUCUACUUUCUCAAGCGCUUUAAGAAGGUGAACUACGCGGAGGCGGCCAAGGCGUGCGUGCGGGACGGCGCGCUGGUGGCCAAAGUGGGGCAGCUGUACGCGGCGUGGAAGUUCCAGCUGCUGGACCGCUGCGAGGCCGGCUGGCUGGAGGACGGCAGCAUCCGCUACCCCAUCGUCAACCCGCGCGCCCGCUGCGGAGGCGCCCAGCCGGGCGUGCGGCACCUGGGCUUCCCCGACAAGAAGUUCCGCCUCUACGGGGUCUACUGCUUCCGCAGGAGCAAGGGCGACACGGCGGGGGGCGCCAAGAGCUCCGCGAGUGGCUGGACGAGACGGGGGGGCGGCGGCGGCAUCCCCACGAACAGCACGCGGGUGUGAAGAGUCGGGAUGCGAUUUUUAGAUUUGACUGUUGCCUGGCAGCCGGGUUCCAUUCAUCGCUUUCAAAGUAAACCAGUCCCACACAAGACGUAGUCAUCCGCACAUUUGCCAGCGAGACUGUGUAAAAUUAAAGGUGACAUCUUGAUUAGGGUGAAUUUCCUCCCAUCUCCGGUCGGUCGCUCAUCUCGAGUACGUUAGCACAUCUGUCGCCGGGGAAACUGGGAGAUUAAACAGCAGCUUGAUCGUCACAGAGGCGCGGAUCAGAUCGGCGUCUGCCGCGACUCCCGCCCUCCCGCGCCACGUUCUGUUUCCUGCCGGGGCUCCAGUCUGGGCCGCGAUCCCAGUGCCGGGGUGAAAACACUCAUCACUGGGCGAGAUGAGACCAUGUGCCCUGCGUGGAAGCCGUCCAAGCUGCUCUGUAAGUUGCGGCGCAUGUAAUUGCCCGUGUCUGGGUGCCGCGCUCGCUUAGCGGCCCUCUGGCACAAUGCGAAUAAUCUCUCUCAUUAACUAAGACCUGGCAGAGGCGUCGCCGGAGCCGAGCAGCCAGUAGCAGCACAAGCGCUGAAAGAUUUGCACUGUCUCCGCACGGAGCUUCAUUUCAGCUCAGACUUACGCGAGCAUGUAUUGUUUGGCUCAGAGUAGUUGCUGUGGCUGAAUUAGCAGACAUCCAAUAAUUGCUAUUUACCUCAUUGCACUUUAAAGCUACCUGCGGCACCAGUUGCACUACAAAUGCUAGAUCCAACACUUUACUACAGAGUAUGUUUGCCACUACUGAGUAGAUGAUGGAAACAAUCAAAUAAAGUACAAAGACCCCUG